UGAGACCUUUUACACCUUGUUUUCUCCACACAGGGAAUUAUUAUUUCUCACCGAUCCUGUCUGCCUUCGUUGUUUGUCAACGUGUCGAUAAAAUGGUUGAUUAAGCGCCUUUUUACGCACAGCCUUUUUUUUAAUCGACCUCUGACCAAUCAGCUCUUUGGAUAUUCAGCCACAGGCCGUCGCUGAGCAGUAAAACAGGCUGCGAUGCUCUCAAAGAAAGAGAGGGAGCUGAUUGCAGAAAUAUGGGAAAAGCUGACUCCUGUGGCAGAAGAUAUUGGCUCAGACGCGCUUCUUAGGAUGUUCGCCUCUUACCCAGGCACCAAGACAUACUUCUCCCACCUCGACAUCAGCGCCCGCUCCGCUCACCUGCUCUCCCACGGGAAGAAGAUCGUCCUGGCCAUCGCAGAGGGAGCCAGAGACAUCAGCCAGCUGACCGUCACUCUGGCUCCUCUCCAAACGCUGCACGCCUACCAGCUCCGGAUAGACCCGACCAACUUCAAGCUCUUCUCACACUGUAUGCUCGUCACCCUGGCCUGUCACAUGGGUGACGACUUCACGCCGGUUGCACACGCGGCGAUGGACAAGUACCUGUCAGCGUUCGCAGCCGUGCUCGCUGAGAAAUACCGAUGAGAACCAGCCACAUGUUUCUAUAGUAUUUAAUAUAAAAUAAUAAUAAUACAAAUGUGCAAUUAACAUGCAAAUGUUUAUGUUGUAUUGCAAUAGAAUAUCUUAAUUAUGCAUGAAAAUAUUUUCCUCAUGCAGGCACAGACUUAACAUGGAGACUGCGUCAUUUAGUGCAGUUUAUGGAGUUUAUGGAGUUUCAGGUGUUACAUGUUUAUUUAAGUAUGUUUCUACAUGCAACAACACGUGUUCAGUAUGUGAGGGACAUACAUGAUGUGUACGAGUGUUACGUGUGGUGGGAAAAUGAAUCCAAGCAUCAUGAUUCCUGACUUUUCUAUUUAAGAGGUUUAUUCAACAAAGUUGAAAAAGGUUUUCUGCAGUGAGGCUCCUGCUGCUUCAAACGGCUGCGGAAGAAUCGGGGGAAAUCAGAGGCCUGAGUGAACAGAGAGGUCGAGCAUAUCGAGGCGUCCUGGUUGGAUCCAUUCAGGUUCUCCGUUCCUUCCCCUCAUAGAGACUCUGAUGGACGACAGCUGCUGAGUGGACUUUGUGGUGAAGUGGUUUUAUAAUCUCCUUAGUCAAAGGUCAAGAAUGAAUUUUCAACCUCAGCCUUUGAGACAAUAUUUGCCCUUAAAGGGUUAAAAAUGACUAUUCUUCCAAAAGCUUUUAUGACUUUUAGCACUCUGUAUCACACCAUUUAAAACAUAUAGUGUAUCUUAUCCAUUUUUACUGACAGUAUACUGCUUCACACUCUGUAAUGCACAGAUAACUUUUCCUGCAGCUAAUAAAUGCGACAAGGAGCUAACAUCAAA